AUGGAGAAUGCUAUGCGAAAAACACGCGUUCAUGACAUUGAAUGGGAUGGAUUCCGACACGUACAACUAUCGGAACAAAGUGGGUCGCUGGCAGAAUUGAUUGAAGAAUUGGCUUUGCCAGAAGGUCUUCAACCGCGCAUAGAUUCAGGGAAAAUGACAUUACACCACCAUCAAAGUCCAGUACCUGCAGUGUGGAAGCCGAUUGUAUCAAGUAAGGGAGCGGUAGUAAAAGACAAAGAGAUUGUGGGUGAAAAGGCUAAUGCUAUUAGUUCCACACCGGAUAUGUUUCAACAUGGGGUGGCGACACUGCAUGAGAUCUCAUCAGAAACGAUGCUGAAUAUAGUCCAACCUCGAUGGGCCAGGAAACCCCUUCAAAAACCGAAAGUAACUUUUGCAGCCGUGGUACGAAAAGUUUUGAUACAACUUUAUGUACAGGGAGUAGACGACACUAGCAAGCGUGUUAGUUCUGAAGCAGCACUGCAGAUUUUAAGACAAAACGUAAUCACAUACGAUUGGUAUCAACCGAACAAGACCGAGCUGACAGAACUUCUACGUGUUAAUGGGAUUGGAUUGGAAGGUAUGUUGCCUAAGCCUACUUCUACGGCUAUACCGAGUUCUACUACUGCUUCUACGGCUACUCCGAGUUCUACUACCACUACUACUACAAACAUGUCGUCCCCACCGGGACCUAUACCAAAUAUAAUAGGACAAAGACCAGAUGAGACACAGUCCUCCGACAAUCAUGGGCCCCAUGAAGAGAAAAUCAUGUACUGGCAGAGUCAGCAAGAUAGACUUACCGAUGCAGAAGUAGGAGAUGUUGUGAGGGUAGAAGCAGAUAGACCAUAUGUUGGCAAUCCAGUGCCCAAUGUUGACGAUGCUGCCGAAGUAGAAGAAGUAGAAGAGUAUGAAUAUCAGGUUGGAGAUGGUCAGCAUAGCUAUACCUCUGAAGAAUGUGACAACUGUUACGAUUGGGAUGGCGAAGAGAAUCCCUUUGACACUAGAAAUUGA